AUGUCGCUAUUCGAAUUUAAACCGUGGUUACUCGUGCUAGGGGUUUGGGUGGCCGCUGCGACUUCGUCCAUUCCCGAGGGUAUUCCAAAGGAAGGGGACUAUUCGAGGGCAUGUCCCGAUUAUAAAAGAUAUGCCGUAUUCAACCACCCUCCUUUCUCAGAAGGGCCAAUGGGCCUGCCCUUCCAACGGCCCUCGAAAUACUGUCGGACGUUUUCCUCCCCACUUGUCGAGAAGGUUAUUGAGGAUAUCACGGGGAGGAUGGUGAACAAAGAUCUCGCGCGCCUGUUCGAAAACGCUUUCCCGAAUACCCUUGAUACGACCGUCCGAUGGCAUGUGGAUGGGACACAAAAGCAUACCGAGUUGAAAGGCCGCGGCGCCAAGGAUAAGGACAGCUGGCAAGGGCCACAGUCCUUCGUUGUUACGGGCGAUAUCAACGCCGAAUGGCUACGCGAUUCCACAAACCAGCUUCUCCAAUACCAGCCGCUGGCAAAGAAGGACAAGAAGAUCUUCAAUUUGAUACUGGGAGCCAUAAAUACACAAUCGGAGUAUGUCAUUGAGUCGCCGUACUGCAAUGCGUUCCAGCCGCCGCCAGCAUCGAAGCUUGCUGCUAGUCAAAAUGGGCAGGAAGAUUAUGUCCAUCCAGCAUAUGAGCCAUCGUUUGUCUUUGAGUGCAAAUAUGAGCUCGACUCUCUGGCGCAUUUCCUCGCUCUAGGAAAUACAUUCCACAAGCAUACAGGAUCAUUAGACUUCCUGACCCCAAGAUGGUAUAAAGCCCUGGACACAGUCUUGGAGGUCUUGGACCAACAAUCCGAAUCCACAUUCGAUCCAAAGACCGGAAGAUAUAUCAGAAAUGCAUAUACGUUCAAUCGAAAAACAGCCACGGGCACCGAAACCCUAUCUCUUGACGGCGUUGGGAAUCCCCUUAACUUCGGCACUGGUUUGAUAAGAAGCGCAUUUCGUCCCAGCGACGAUGCCACCAUUCUAGGCUUCUAUAUCCCUGCCAAUGCCCAAAUGGCCGUUGAGCUAAAACGGGCCGCAGACGUCCUGAGAACUGCUAAAAACAUUAAGCUUUCUCAGAUAUUAGAAAAGCGUGCACAGCUCAUUACUGAUGGUAUUUGGGAAUACGGCGUGGUGGAACAUAAAAAAUAUGGCCGUGUUUUUGCGUUCGAGGUGGAUGGCUGGGGUUCCCAAAUUAUCAUGGACGAUGCGAAUGUGCCAUCUUUGUUGGCGCUUCCGAUCCUAGGGUUUGUGGAUAGAACCGAUGAAGUCUACCAGAAUACUCGAAAAAUGCUGUUGGAGAAGGCAGGGAAUCCUUACUAUCUUGAAGGACUAGCAUUUCAUGGGAUAGGAGGACCGCAUGUUGGCCUCGAGUACGCAUGGCCUAUGAGCUUGCUACUUCAAGCCAUGACCUCGGACGAUGAUAAAGAAAUCAUGGAAUGUGUUAAACUGGUACUGACAGCCAGCAGGCUCGGGCUAGUACAUGAAUCAAUCAAUGUAAAUAGAAUAAUGGAUUAUACCAGGAGUUGGUUUGCUUGGGCAAAUAGCGUCUUUGCACAAACGAUCUUGGAUUUGGCACAGAGGAAGCCGCAUUUAAUAUUCGGCCCUGGAGCUGAACCGUAUAUAGUUGAAUGA